AUGCCACCUAUCAGCGGUCGUUCAGCCUCUGCUCUCGCUGAUCUCGGCGACGACGAGACUCAGGAAGCAGGCGAGAUCCCUACCUCAGGCAUUCUGUCUAGUGCGAGCCGUUGUAACGAUGGACAGCAAGACGCUGAGGCACUCAAGAAAAUGCAGCUUGAGGUGGAUUCCAUGCGAGACGGCUUUCGCGCCUUGCAGGAGCAGCAGGCCAGCACACUGCUCAAGACGUAUCGACAAAGCCGAGUCGCCCCGCAGCCAGAAGCGCCUGCCGAGCCCGUGCUGAAUCCCCUCGCAGACGUGCCGACUCGGGCAAAGUUCUUCGCUGCCUUCGUCCAGCCGUUCUUUCCUGGCCGCGACACCUUCAUGCUUCCUGACCCUCCUGCGGGUUCUCCUGAACCUGACGACCCCGAUCGUUUCCUCUCUCCCGAGGACAACAUAUUUGCUAAUGUUUACGAGAUCAUCUAUGUCCUGCCCGAGGUGUCUCGACGCUCUCGUCAGACCAACGAGCUCAUCACGAUGUUCGAGAACUCGAUGGACAAGGUCAGGUCCACCGAGAUUCACAAGGUUCGCGGGAGGGCGGUAACCGUGCUUGGCAUCCCGGGAGCUCAAGAGACCUGGUUCAGCACGAAGUUCAAGGGCCGCGAGGACGUUCCACAGCUUCGAGACAUGCUGGGUGUUCCGCGUGAUGCCAAGAAACCCUUCAAGUAUAAGCUCUGGGCGCCCAUCUUGUUCACAGAUGGUGUUGUGCGCAUGUCAACUCCGUUCUCGAACUGGGAGCCGCUUGCCAAGGUCCUCAAGGUCAUUCUGUGGGGUCCUACGUCGCUUGAUCACAGCGGCCCACCCAUUGGUGGUCCCCAUCGGAACGCCAGGUUAUGGAAUGCGACUCAUUCGACCCCUGGCGCGUUCGCUUUUGCCGCUAUAAUUGUGAUCUACUUGUGCUCUCCCGACAAUGAGUUCUCCAAAGACGGUGUCGGCGCGAUCUCCGGCAUCUCUUACAAGGGCUUCUUUGACGCGUUGAAGCGGAUUUUGGUAACUUACUGGGAAGGAACCCAUCUGAAGCUGAUCCGCAAGAAAGUAGAUCAUUAUAUCUUCGGCACUGGAUCCGACACCAGCGAUCCAGCCCCGCCAUUGAACGAAGACCUCACGGACGACAUCAACGCGGCAUUGGCUGCCAUGAACAUGCCAUCUGAGUCAGCUGAGGUUAAGGCCGAGCAGACGGAUGAAAUUGUGGAGCUAGGCACGAUCACAGAGUCAAAUGACGUCUCAGCUGACGUUGGCGCUAAUGUCAACGGGGAGAUUCAGGUUGAUAUUAACAAGGAGGGGCCCUCCGUUGUGGUAGCCCCCAGUGUUAGUGCUCCCGCUGGGCGUAAAACUGGCCGAGGACGGGGUCAGACUAAGAGACAGUCCUCUCGUAGCACUACCGCUGCCGUUGCCGUUUCUCCUGCUGCUGCUCCUGUUGCUUCAGCAUCUGUUCCCGCGACUGUCAUUGUCUCUGAUCACCCUGCUCCUGUUGCUGGAGACGCCAACGACCUGGGCUUUAUCCUGAGGCUGGAUACGCAGCAAACCACCAAAGUGAAGAGGGGGUCUUCGGCAGUGGCUCGGACUAAGAAGAGCGAUGCACGCAAAGGUCGCCCGGCCCGCAUCCCCGACACUGACGAUUCCGAUGCCGAUGAUACAAGUACCCCCAACAUUCCCAUUCCGAAGGCUCCGCAAGCCCAGGCUGAUGACGAGGAUGGUGACCCCGCCGCCGAAGAGGAGGAAGAUGAAGAAUAUAUCGAACCGGAUGAUGACCUGGAGGAUGUUGAUAUAGGAAAUGAGGCACCACUCGUUGCCUCCUCAGGUAAACGGGCUAGUCAGUCUCAGUCACGCGCCAGCUCCAAAGUCAGUGCCCGGAGUGGUAGCACCACCGUCAUUGCUAUCCCUCCCCUUGAUUCCGAUGAUGACCAAGAAGGCGACCACGAGGAGGUAGAGUCGCCGCAGCUGUGCAAGGUCAAUAAGGGCAAGAAGUCGCUGUCCGCCAAGCGUGCAGCUCAGGUGGAGUACGAGCGCCCUCGUGUCAAGUCCGAGCCAGCUGACAGCACCUCUAACGAUGGUGCUACUGCUGCUGCCCCAAAACCAUCCUCCGAGGACGCUAACUGGCCUGUGUCUACCCAUGUUGUACGGUCUGGUACCAACAAAUGCAACCUACGCGGUCAACCCAGUCCUGUCAUUACUAGCAUCCUUGCUGCCUCGCUUGACAUCGCCCACCAGUCGCUCUUGAUCACUGACGCGUUCCCCGCAGACGCAAGACAGGUGAUGUAUGACGUUGUCACCACGGCUGCUACUCGACACCCUGGAGGUGCAGAGAUCGUGACCCGGUUACAGGCGGACCUGUCGUACCGCAAAACGAUGUCAUCUGUUGCUUUGAACCGCCUGUCCAUCUACCGAACGGAUGUCAAAAAGGUGGCGGUUAAGCACACAGUGAAGGAGUAUGGCAUACGACCCAACGACAACAAACGUCUCGAGGAGCUCACUGUCACCAACGAGUUCAUAUUCCCUCUCAAUAAAACCACUCAUAAACCCGACCCGGGGUUACCGUUCCAGCACCCAGCUGUCCUCAACACGUUACGCGGAGCGUUCUUCAAGGGCCCCAAUUCUGCCGGCGUCAAGUUCCGUUCGCAGUUCACUAGCAUCCUGGCCGGUCCGCAGGCAUCUGAGCUUGAGCUGCCUUCGCCGAUGCUGGCGCUGGCAGCCACUGCCGUUCGUUCCGCAAUUCUUGAUAAUCACACCGACCCUUCAAAGCGGGAUGCAAGCUUUGAGCAGACUGCCGACGUCCCCACUACCUACGCCAGUUUCACGAAGACGCUCGAUAGACUGAUGAACGAGAGCGAUACCAAGUACCAUAGGCUCAUGCACAAGCUUCUGAAAGAAAUGGGUGAGAUUGUCGAGGCAAAGGCCUCAUCGACUUUCAGUAUGAUUGAUCUCGACGCUAUGGAUGAGUAG